UCCGGAGGAAUCCUUUUUUACGGAGUCGGAGUCGUUACGCGUAAGCGAAAGGGGUGGGGAGUUCCGCGUGAGUCAUCGCAGUAGUCGCGGCUUUGGAAUUUUCGAAGGAGGAAGAAAAAAAAGUUCGAGAAGAAGACGAAGUAAAGAAGGGGGGUUGGGUAUCCAAUCGAGUUGAACAAUAUUUGCAUAUUUGCGUGAGUGCCAACCCCUGCGAAUCGGACACGGUGAACGACACCUUUGCGUAUUGGUUUUGCUGAUUUGGUUCGGUAACCAUUGUGGGGCUAGCUAGCCGAUCAACGCCGCAGUUCGUGAAUCACGACGACGACGACAAAAAAGUGGUCGACAUCUUUUUUUCAAGUUCAAAUUUUCACACAUCUAGUGGUGUGGAAGCUUUGCUGGUUAGAGAUCGCAGCAAUCGUCGUCGACGUCUCGUGAACAUCGAGAGUGAGUGAAUUACGUGAACGUGUCUCGUGAACAGCGGAGCAGAGCCGUACGGUCGUCCUUCGCAGAGCCAAGUAGGCUGUGGGAAACCGACAGUCGAGUCGAGUCUGGUGCGUGAUUAGAAGAAGAUCCCUCGUCUUAGCGUCUUGCGCCGCGAGAGUUCAGCGGUUGACAGUUGUCUACGAACUACGUCUCCUCAAGGCCUACUUCGCACAGCGUGCCCGCGCGGAGAAAACACGUACAACUUUUUGGCCACAUUCUUGCAGUCUCGUCACACAGCACAGCACAUCCAAGUCGGCGUCGGCUCCUGUGUGUACUAUGAUCGUUCUAAAUUCAGACAGAAUCCUCCCAGCCCACGUUGACCGGAACUAGGCGAAUAUGCCGGUAAUAUCAGCGUACUCGAGCAGCAGUAGUUACAUCUCUCCGUCGUCGUACCGCUACAAGUCGAGCCUGUCCGACCGGCGGAGUUACGCGACAAGCAUCACAAGCAGCAGCGGCACCACAGGCAGCAGCUUCUACCGGCGGAGUUCGUACCGCUAUGAUCUGCCGUCCUCGUCGUCGGCCUACUCAUCGUCGUCGUCGUCGUACCGCAGUACCGCAGCGAGUGAUCGUGCCGCUGACACUGAACUGUCAAACUCGUUGUCGACGCUAGCGACAUCUAGUGCGUCCGAAGUUGGAAGCUCCACGAGUAACGGAAGCAAGGAAGCGUCGAGACCAAGCCGGUACUCGUCGGCGUACGGAACCUACGGGAGCCGGAUUAGUUCGAGGUCGUCUGACGGUGGGAGGUCGUCGCUGAAGGAUCGUGAAAACAACUGUUAUUGUGCCGUUGGAGGGGCGGGAUCGUCGUCCAGCUACGCGUCUAGUUUGAGGAAUACGGCGCUGAGCGGUGCCGACAUCUACCAGAAGUACAGCGUGUCUACGUUUAGCAGCCGGCCGAGCAUCUACGAGCGGAUAGCGGCUUCGCGACCGGUGGAGAAGCCGCAGCCGGUUGUGAGCAUUGCGUCAGCUUCCGCGGCGUUGGACAGCUCCAAGGAAUCCAUCACGCAGGCCACGAUCAAGCUGCGCCCGUCGCUGAACGGAACGGCGGCGCUCACGAACGGUGGUGGCACGUCCACGACGGCCAAGUUCAUAGCGACGGCCACGCCGGCGGCCGCCCCCGCAGAAGAUCUGCACGUAACGGCCACGAUCCGACUCAAACCAAAGCCUAGCAUAAGUCAGCACAACAGCACAAGUAGUAGUAGCAAUAACAAUAACAACGGAAUCGACGCUGGUGGAACUAGCAGCAGCAGCGGAAACAGUAGUAGUGACGAGCAAGACGCACGCUACCGGAACGGAAACGGUGCCAAAAGCAAUGGCAACAAUAACAAUAACGAGGAUGAUGGAGGGCAGUCGGAGUCGGACGAUGCCGACGAUGAUAAGCAAGAGGUAGACAAAGAUUCGAAGCGGCAGCCUGCGGCCGCCGACGAAGAGAAAGGUUCUUACCUCCGGACCGGAACCGCCUCCAAGAGCAUCCACUCGACCAGCCCGGUCGGAUAUCGCAGCGGGCGCGACUGGGACUCUGGCAUCACCUCCACCAGUUCCAGCAACAACGGCACCAGCAGCAGCGGAUACCGGUCCGGCCUCAAGUCCGGCUAUGGCCAGGAGGAGGACUCACCGAGGAGCGGCGGCAGCCGGAAGGAGGGACUGUGCGGCUUGUGGAACAUUGGUAACACGUGCUUUAUGAACUCUGUGAUACAGUGCCUGAGUCACACCCGGGAGUUGACCAACUACCUGCGGAACCAGCCGACGACGGAGCGAGGCACCAGCAAGGACCACAAGAUUCUGGCCGAGUACACCAAGCUGAUCAAAGACAUGUGGAGCGGCACGACGCGCAGCGUCAACCCGUCCGAGAUGAAGAACGCGUUCUCGAGCAAGCACCGCAUGUACUCGGGGUCGGCCCAGCAGGACGCGCAGGAGUUUCUGCGCUUCUUCAUCGACUCGCUGCACGGCGGGCUGAACGUGUCCGUCAAGCGGGAACCCAUCUCGAAGGAAAUCGAGGACGACGAUAUGCCGAAUCGCGUCAAAUCGGCCAUGAUGUGGGACUGGUACUCACGGGUGGAGAACUCCAUGAUUAAGGACCUGUUUGUGGGAAUGCUGCGCAGUACGCUGCGGUGCUCGGCCUGUAACAACGCCAGCGUCACGUUCGAUCCGUUCUGGGAUCUGAGUCUACCCCUUCCGUCGACGAAUUCGCGCGGCAAACUGCUCGACUGCAUGGACGAGUUCGUGCGCGAGGAGGUCAUGGACGGGCUGGACCAGGUGUACUGCUCCAAGUGCAAGGCCCGCCGGCGGUGCACCAAGAGCAUGGCGAUCGAGCGGUUCCCCAAAUACCUGGUGAUACACCUGAAACGCUUCUCGGAAACGCGGUGGAGCAAACUGACCAACGUCAUCGAGUUCCCCACGGGUGAGCGGGAGCUGAACCUGCAACAGUACGCGUCCGAGGACCACCAGGGACCGGUCAAUUACUCGCUGUACGGGAUUUCGAACCAUAUGGGAUCUACCGCCGGUGGUCACUACAUCGCUGUUUGCAAGCAUCCGAUCAGCAAGGAAUGGAACGAAUUCAACGAUAACUUCGUUAGCGAAACUUCCGAACGCAGUCUGGUGACAUCUAGUGCCUACGUGUUAUUCUACGAGCGAGCGUAAACACCAAAAGAAACACAAAUUAAGAAGACGAAAAAGAAACUUAUGAAUGAUGCGAAUUGAAUUGAGACAAAACAAAUUACGAGAGAGAAAGAAACAAACAAAACAAUUAACACAGACAGAAACAACAUUAACAAUUAAAAAAACUAGACUAAUUAAGAGAACGAGAGAGCAAGAGGUUCUCGAGGUGGCUUUAAAAACGAGAUAAACAAAAUGGUUAACACAAGUGCGACGACACGAAACACACACAGAGAAAAAAAAAACACUAGAUUUGUAAUAUUUAUUUUCCUAUUUAUUGAACAACAAAUGAGCAAAGCAAAACUAAUAUUUAUAUAAAAGCGAGAGCGCGAGUGUCGGGGAGUAACGAGAAGCUAAGAUUGUGACCAAAAUUUUAAUUGUUGACUAUUGUUUCACCUUAACCAGGCUUUCUGUUCAAUCCCGGUUUAACCUCACUGCAUAGUGUUAAAGCUGUAACUCAAAAACUGUGUAGGAUUUUAUAUUAAUUUAUUUUGUACAUUUUAAAACUAUUUAUUAUUUUCCGAAAUGAAAAACCAAACCGACGAAGAGAAAAGAUACGAGAACUGGACGGAACCUCCACUCUAGAGACUACGAGUAAAAGCAAACCUCUCCCUCCCCCUGUUUUAGGUGCGCAAGGUUAAAAUCUCAAACCAAGCGCAGUUUGACAGGAAAAAAAACAAGUGUAAACAACAGUGUUUCCGAUCCCACUUAAUCAUUGUUGCGUUGUGUUGAAAAUAAAGUUAAAAAUCUA